CCCACUUUACAUAGGAUUAGAUGAUUUGCCCUGCUUUUUUUUUUCUCUUUAGAUAAUAUGUCUUUUUUAUUUACUGUAAUCAUUUUUGACUUUUUAUCCCUAUUUUCACGACGCGAAAUGACUCUACUGCCCCUGUGACAAAUUUGCAAUUCUUCUUCUUAUCUUCUCUGCUGUGUGUGAGUUCCAUCGACCAGCUCGCCUUUUCUCCAGUUCAACGCCUCUACUCUGUUCUUUUUUCCCCAACCUACUGGAGGAUGACGACAACGGCACCUUGGCCCCCGGCAGCAGCAGCUCAACGUGGCGGCUCCCGGUGCAGCUUCUCGGCCCGGCGCGGUGGCUCCCGCUGCAGCUCGGCGCCCCGCGGCGGCGGCUCCCACUGCAGCUCCUCGGGCCGGCGCGGUGACUGCCGCUGCAGGUCGACGGCCCGCGGCGUCUCGCUCCGGCUGCAGGUCGGCGGCCCGCCGCGGCGAUUCCCGCUGCAUGUCGGCAGCUCGGCGACUCCAGCUGCAGCUCGGCGGACCAGCAGGUCCCGGGGCACCGGCUGCAACUCGGAGCUGCGGAUGGCGCCCUCGUUGCUGGUUCAUUAACGGCGGAGAAGUGUUGUGCUAGCUGCAAUAACCAUGGGAAAUGGGAUCCUAGGUUAAUCAAAGCCAGGAUCCAUGUACAGGCGCACACAUGUACACCAUGAAGCGAGUUCAAUAGGAUUAGAUGUACGUGACUGAUGAUGUUGUGAAAUGCGGGGUCUGCUUGUGUUGUACUGGGAAGUGGGAUCUAGGAUCAUGAUCCUCAAGGUGUUAGUGCUCGCUGCAACAGCCAUGGGAGAGGAGGGUGUGGGUUGAUCAGAUACUAACCAAUCUGCAGCAUCUCGUGAUGAUCCAUGGAUGCAGAAGUCGUCUGCCCGACCGGUAGUUUGAGGAAUCACCUUCUGCCGGCCUGUGUGAGCCCUCCCUGUCCGGGAGGCGCUGGAGUUGAUGGCUUGGUGGCCGGCGGUGCAUUCGCCUCUCUGCUGGGCGCGGACAUGGAGAUAAAAACUACAGUUUUGCUAAAGCACAUCUAGAUGUGCCAUAAGUAUUGCACAUCUAAGUCAUAUGUCAUUGAUCUUACA